GACCGAGGACGACGCUCGCGACCAUUCACCCAGAAUGAAGUACGUUAUUGUUUCCGGAGGUGUGAUUAGUGGGAUCGGAAAGGGUGUCAUCGCCUCUUCGACCGGUUUGUUGCUCAAGACUCUCGGCUUGAAGGUCACUGCCAUCAAGAUCGACCCGUACCUCAACAUUGAUGCGGGAACCAUGUCCCCUUUGGAGCACGGUGAGGUCUUCGUCCUCAACGAUGGUGGUGAGGCCGAUUUGGACUUGGGUAACUACGAGCGUUACUUGAACGUCACCCUGACACGUGACAACAACAUUACCACCGGAAAGGUCUACUCUCAAGUCAUCGAGAGGGAGCGCAAGGGUGACUACCUCGGCAAGACUGUUCAGGUCGUUCCUCACUUGACCAACGCUGUGCAGGACUGGAUCGAGCGUGUUGCGCGUGUUCCGGUUGACGAGACCGGAGAGGAGCCCGAUGUCUGUAUCAUCGAGCUUGGUGGUACCGUUGGUGACAUUGAGUCCGCUCCUUUCGUCGAGGCGCUCCGUCAAUUCCAGUUCCGCGUCGGUCACGACAACUUCGCCCUCAUUCACGUGUCUCUCGUUCCUGUCAUUGGUGGUGAGCAGAAGACGAAGCCUACUCAGGCUGCCAUCCGUGACUUGCGUGGUUUGGGUUUGACUCCUGACCUUAUCGCUUGUCGAUGCCCCAAGCCUCUCGAGGAUGGUGCACGGGAAAAGAUCGCUAUGUUCUGCCACGUCGGUACCGACCAGGUCGUCGCUGUUCACGAUGUCGCCUCCCUCUACCACGUUCCCCUCGUCCUCGAGCAGCAAAGAUUGAUCAAAUAUUUCACUCAGAGACUGAAGCUCAACGACAUCAAGAUUACAGAGAAGCAGAUUGCCAAGGGCAAGAGUCUUUGGGGACGUUGGAAGCAGUUAACUACAGGCCACGACCGUCUGUUCGAGACCGUUACUAUCGCCCUCGUCGGAAAGUACAUCGACCUCCACGAUUCAUACACUUCAGUCGUCAAGUCUUUGGAGCACGCCGCGUUGAGAUGUAACAGGAAGUUGGAGAUUUUGUGGGUGGAUGCAUCGGAUUUGGAGCCAGCAAGGAGCACGUCCUCUCCUGUUCAAUAUCACAAGGCCUGGCACGCAGUCUGUCAAGCGGAUGGUAUCAUGGUUCCCGGAGGAUUCGGUACUCGCGGAACUGAGGGUAUGAUCGCGGCCGCAAAGUGGGCUCGUGAGAACCAGAUUCCUUAUCUCGGCGUCUGUUUGGGUAUGCAGAUGGCUGUUGUUGAGUUCGCACGAAACGUCUGCGGUCUGUCAGACGCCAACUCUUCCGAAUUGGACGAGAACACCACCAACCCCCUCGUUAUCUACAUGCCUGAAAUCUCCAAGACGCACCUCGGUGGAACUAUGCGUCUCGGUCUUCGUCCCACGAACUUCCAGCCAGGAACCGAAUGGUCAAAGAUCCGCCAACUGUACGGCAAUGCCGACUCUGUGCACGAGCGUCAUCGUCACCGUUACGAAGUCAACCCAGACUACGUGGAGCGCGUGGAGGCCGCUGGUUUGUCGUUUGUAGGUAAGGAUGAGUUGAACGAGCGUAUGGAGAUUGUGGAGAUCAAGGACCACCCAUACUACGUGGGUUGCCAGUACCACCCCGAGUGGCUCUCACGACCAUUGGAGCCUAGUCCGCCUUACUUGGGUCUCGUCGCGGCUGCUUCGAAGUGUUUGCCGGAGAUCCUUGGUCAUGCUCCGGCUGUCAACGGCAACGAAUAGACUAUAAAUAUAUGUAG